GUUGUUUCCGGUUAGCUGGCGCAUCUGCAGCAUCCGAAGCCGCAGACGGACUCGCCAUGAAUAACACCUUUAUAACGGACUGAAUUGUGUUUUUCUGCUUAAAUCAAACCGCACACGGUAACCGUUAACCGGCAGGGUUCCGACAGCGCCGCGCGGAUGAAACGUUUCUCCAGUUUGCGCGUAUUUAGCAGGGAUGCUAACGUUAGCGCUUAGCUGUGCUGAAUUUAAAUUAUUAAUAUAUUUUUACCAAAUAAGAGAUUAAUUUAAAUGACUUUGAGCAUUUAGUGUUGGAAGAGCCAUUUGUUUAAAUAUUAAACGCAUGACCUCAGUUUUUAUUGUGCUAAGUCAGUUAUUUUAACGACUGCACAGCUAGUUGAUGAUGGAGGGUUUGACUUUCAUCCAUCAAAACAAUCAUAUCUGUAUAUCUUUUUGCUGUUGAUGUUUUUAGCUGGAUUUAAUUAUUAUACCUUGAUAUCGUCCGUUAUUGACAUCAAACACACAUCAAUCAUAUCAGAGCAUCUGAUUCUCUAAUAUAUGUUUUGUGUCUGAUCAUAGUCAAAAAAGUUGCUUUAAUUUAGUGCACAUACCGUCUGUCUACUUUGCAUACACGGUUUAUUUAAACUGUGAUUGGCACCUGAUUUGGGCUGUGAGUCCAUGUUUGACAGUCACAUCUGAUCUGAACCUCAGGCACCAGAACAGCCCACUUGAUUAUUGAUUUGCUGAUCUGAGAGUCAAAGUAGAAGAUUUCUGAUACACAAUGAAGAAGUUUUUUGACUCCCGGAGAGAACUGGUGGGUUCUGGACCUGGUUCUGGAGGAGCAGCUGGAGGUUCUGGGUCCAGCAGUGGUGUUGGGGGGAACUUCAUCGGGCGGGCUUUUACUGUGGGUAAACACCAGGUGACUGUUGAAGAGACUUUAGCAGAAGGUGGGUUCGCUAUCGUGUUCCUGGUACGCACAAGUCAGGGGGUGCGCUGUGCCCUGAAGAGGAUGUAUGUCAACAAUGAGCAUGAUCUGCAGGUCUGCAAGCUUGAGAUCCAGAUCAUGAGAGAUCUGAAUGGUCAUAAGAAUAUUGUGGGGUUCCUGGACUCCAGCAUCACAGCUGUUGGGGGUGGAGAUGUUUGGGAGGUGUUUAUCCUCAUGGACUUCUGCAGAGGUGGUCAGGUGGUGAAUCUGAUGAAUCAGCGCUUACAGACUGGUUUCAGUGAACAGGAAGCUCUGCAGAUCUUCUGCGAUACUUGCGAGGCCGUCGCACGUCUGCACCAAUACAAAACUCCCAUAAUCCAUCGCGAUCUCAAGGUGGAAAAUAUCCUUCUCCAUGAUCGAGGACACUAUGUUCUGUGUGAUUUUGGCAGCGCCACUAUGAAGUUUCAAAACCCUCAAAUUGAAGGAGUGACUAUUGUGGAAGAUGAAAUCAAAAAAUACACAACUUUAUCCUAUCGUGCUCCAGAAAUGGUGAAUCUGUAUAAUGGCAAAAUCAUCACCACCAAAGCAGAUAUCUGGGCCAUGGGGUGUCUGCUGUACAAGCUCUGUUUCUUCACGCUGCCUUUCGGCGAGAGUCAAGUUGCCAUAUGUGACGGCAGCUUCACAAUUCCAGACAAUUCCCGCUAUUCCCAAGAAAUGCACCGGCUUAUCCGCUACAUGCUGGAACCGGACCCUGAUAAGAGGCCUGACAUUUAUCAGGUGUCUUUCUUUGCUUUCAAACUGGCUCGGCGGGACUGCCCUGUCCAAAACGUCAAGAAUUCUCCCAUUCCUGCAAAACUUCCUGAGCCAAUCCGAGCAAGUGAAGCGGCGGCGAAAAAGAGCCAGACGCAAACCAAGGCGAGACUUACAGACCCCAUUCCCACCACUGAAACCUCCAUCACUCCCCGCCAGCGGCCCAAAGCGGCACAGUCCCAGCCUCAGGCACUAGGGGGCAUCUUGCCAAUCCAGCCUGCUGCCCUUACACCACGCAAAAGAGCCAACCUGCCUGCUGGAGCCACCCAGCCUAUAGCCGUCAGUGUUAACCUGGCUCAGCCGGCCGCAGCGCUGCAGUCUCAGAAAGCGCCUCCUGUCCCUCAGCAGAAAACGCCCAUGCAGCCGAUCUCAGUCUCGACUGCAGCCGUAGCGGGAGGAAGCGUUCCAGCUGCAGCCAGCAGUCCCGCCCCUCUGAAAGCCACAGCAACUCCUCCCCCAUCCAGCCCGGCUCCGCCCACCGCACCUGCGCGGAGUGCACGUCGUAAACAAGCAUCAGUGGUUCAGCAGCCUGUUCCCGGGCAACACACUGCCGUUCAGCCGUCUGGUGCACCACCUCCUGCACAGGCGGAGCCUGCAGCGGUUCCACCCAAUGCCCAGCAAGCAGCGCUUCAGACUAGCCAAGAAAAAGCUGAAGAGAGGCCUGCAGCCCCUGGCCAAUCCCAAACCCCUCCCUCUUCUCCAAGGACAGCCCAGAAGGCGGGGCAUAGGCGCAUCCAAAGUGAUGUCACUCACAGCGCUAUGUUCGGAGUGCCGGUCAGUCAGUCCACUCAACAGCUGCAGGCAGCCACAGCAGAGGCCAGCCUAAACAAAUCCAAGUCAGCUAGCACCACCCCAUCAAACUCGCCCCAGUCUUCUCAACAGAGUGUAUACCAGCCUGUCCAGCAGGGCAAUGUAUCUAACCCUCAGGAUUCAGCCGCUAGCUUGACCAGCCCCCCAGAUCAACCCUCCUGGAAUCCCUUUGGCGACGACAAUUUCUCCAAACUCACAGCUGAGGACCUGCUCAACAAAGACUUCACCAAACUAGUUGACGAACCCGUGGAACCUCUUAUUGUCACUGAAAGUCUUAUUCCUGGGCUGGAGGCUGCAGAACCCGCUCCCUUAUCUGCUGCUGAAAGACCCGUUGACAUUAUGGGUUUGGAACCAGGUGCUGGUCUGCUGGCUGUGCCAGAAAAGCUUAUCGAGGGCCUAAAAUCUCCAGAUACCUCUCUCAUGCUGCCCGAUUUGCUGUCCAUGGCCGACCCUUUCGGCAGCUCCAUAGAUGACACAAGAGAUGCCAAUACAGAAGUGUGUUUGGACUCACUGAUUCCUGGUUUGGAUCCUCCUCGGUCACAGCUGUACUCUGCAGAGACAGAGCCGCCAUCUGCAACGCUAGCAGAUCCAUUGAUUGCAGAAGACUCUCUGCUUGGCUGUUCUCUUUCCACUGGCCCCGCCUCCUGUCUGGACGAUUUCGCACCUGUCUCAGGAGGCCCCUCCCAGAACACACCACCAGCUGCAGACUCCUGUUUGAUGUCUGGCUUUGAACCUCCGGCCUCUGAAACAGCCAAUGACGAUGAAUUUGACCCCAUACCGGUACUCGUCUCCAAAAACUCCCAAGGAGGUCACUCUCGCAGUAACAGUGGCAGCUCCGAGUCCAGCCUGCCCAACCUGGCCCGCUCCCUGAUGCUGGUGGACCAGCUCAUCGACCUCUAGACCUUAUCGAUAUUUCUGCUGCGCCGAAGACGACGUGGCCACUGCAGUCUUCUGCCUUGAAUCACAAAUCUCUCCUGCUCUUUGAAGUUUUCUCCUCAAUCCUCUUUCAUGGUCCAUUUCUUUUGUAAAUCAUAUGAAGUUAUCCCUUCACUUUGAUUUCAUAUUUCGUCAUCACCCUCUUACUUCAGUUUCUUCCUUACAUCAUAUGUUUUACAUUCUUUUCCUGCCAGUAAUGUCCAUCUUGUCUAUCAUCAUCAUCAUCAUUGCUUUUUUGAUUUAGACGUAUUCAACGUCCCCUUUCUCGCACCUUACAGUUUACGUUCCUGAUGAGUUUCAUAAAAAAAGCAAAUUUUUUUCGGUGGAGACGCACACGCAGCUUUCAUACGUUUUAUUUGCAAGCGGGUGAUAGCAAAAUCCAGUGUGAGCUUCAAAGAGUAGAUAUUUGUGAAAAUCCUCCUUUUGUCCUCUGCAGCUCGGCUUCGGAAACAAUCUUAACUGUGUCUUCUGUAACACAGAUGAAGUUCGUCUCCAGAUUAAACACACAAUGCUUUUAAAGACUUGCAAACAGAGAUUAAAGUACAAAGAGAAGCAAAUGUUUACAUAGAGGGGAAUUUUUCAACACAAUAUUUACCGACCGGCAAGCACAGAUCGCAAGAAUUUACGUUUUACGUGUAUUGCAUUUGGCAGACGCUUUUAUCCAAAGCGACUUACAUUUAAUCAGUAUGUGUAUUCCCGGGAUUCAAACCCACAGCCUUUGCUCUGUGUAACACGUAUACCUUAACCAGACAGACUGCAGAGUAUAGGAAGAUCUUAAUAUUUCAAGUAUAUCAUUGUAAAAAAAAAUUCUCAAAAAAAACCCAAGCUCUUUUUCUUCCUAAAGUACGUUACAAAGUUCUUCUUUCUCAUCGACGACACCCGUUUACUCUUCCCAUUCCCUUCCUACCACCCUGUUCAUUGUUAUUUCCAUGUAAAUAGCUCUAUUGAUGUUGUACGUUGGCUGAAAACGAUGUAAAUUGUUGUAUAUCUGCAGUAUCUGACUCCAUCCCUACAAAAGUGAUUCGUUCCUGAUUUGCUCCUGUGUAUAAAGCGUCUACUCCAGUUCCUUCAGAAACGUGCAUCCUGACCCGUAGUCUACAUUAUGAGAGUAAUUUAAAAGAAAUAUUUCAUAUACAGUUAAGAUUAUAUGUGAAUAUGAAUAGAGUUUUAGAGAAUGAAUGUAUGAAACGAGUAUCCAUAUAUAAAUGCAGAUACGUGUAUCAUAUGAAACUUAUUUAAGAAAAAAAACUAUCUCUUCGUUCUGUGUUGAGCUGUGUUUGCGAAAUCGUUGGUUUCAUCUUUUAAUGGCCAGGUCACGAUCGAUGAACAGACUAAAGUAAGACAAAGGACAAUCUUCAGAUCUCCCUGUGAAAUGCUUCGCACGACUAUGUGCGAUUGAAAAGUAGGUGCAAAAAGGCUGGAUUUGUUUUUGUUGCCCUUUCCUCUGAUUUUUAUCAUCAACUGGUUGUAACAUGCGCUACAAUCUCAAAUCUUCAAAGGAUUUUCUGGGUUUUAUUUCAAUCAAUGGCAUUUGUGGUAUAAUGUCAAGAAAACAAAAAAAUUAACUGUUACAGAAAGACACUUACAAUAGACAGCCAGGCAGUAAACAUUAAAAUACACAGUUCAUGUUUUGUAGUAGGUAUAGGGCCCUGUUUACACAUGGUAUUAAGGGCGCGCAUAUAUUAUACUUAACCAGACUAAACCGAAUCACAAGUGGACGAUGCUCAAUAUUUUUCCAUCGGUUCUGACUUCGAGCGUGAACCUACAGUGUUCUUUGUGGCCUUUAGGGGGCAUGUAGACCAAAGCAUUUAAACGUGGCUGAAAACGCCAGGCGGAUGCCAACUGUGGGCACAUGCCAAGUGUGGGCACUUGCCAAAGCUAGGCUCUUUGGUUGCUAUGAUACUUCUGUCCUGUUUAUCAAUCAUUGUACAAUGCGCCGGUUGGCUGUUGUGGUAUUUGUCCCGCCUGUCUUUGAACCUCUCUCACUGUACGACAUAGGACCACCGAUGAAGAGCCACGAUCACAGAAAUUGCGACGAUUGUUUUACGAUGGCAAUCUGUCGUCUGGGAUAGCCAAAAAUUGUGCAGUAUAUCCGAAGCUUUAGGCUUCCAUCAAUAAAACCUUUAAAGUCUUGAAAUCCUUUAAAGUUUGUGUAUCUGGGGGAAAUUUUUUUAUUUUUAUUAAGUUUUAUUGAAAAAAAAAGUAGGAUAAUAUCAAAAAUGUUAAAUGCUCACAUCUUCUGUAUGCGGAUGCUGAUUCAUACCAAAAUGCUUUUUUGCAUAAUUGUGUUUGACACAUGAAAACGUCUCGGGUUACGUAUGUAACUGUUGUUCCAUGAGAAGGGAACGAGACGCUGCGUCUCACUUGCCAUACUUCCUGCUUCCCUGUAACGCCGUCUUUGGCAAUAUUUAAGAUAGCGAUAUACUUGCUGGCUCCCGCGUCACCCUUUCUUUGUCGUUAAGCCUCCCCAUUGGUUGAAUUUGAUAUACACAUUCAGAUGCACUCACCCCUGGAGGCGUCUCCAAAGUCUCACCGCAGUGACGCAGCGCGAGUUCCCUCAAAAGGGAACUGUAACAAAGUAUCUUUAAAGGUAACACGAUGUAACCUUGCUCUCACUUGAAAUGUGUCCCCAUAAUUAGUCCUUGAAUUUGAGGAUAUUGGACCUGGAAAGUCCUUGAAAGGUCCUUAAAUUUGAAGUUUACUAAGGUGUGGGAACUCUGUAGGUGUGAACGGGAAUGUGUCUCUCCCUUCCACUUGUGAUCCUAUCAACCAAAACGCAUCUUAAUACCAGGUGUAAACAGAGCCCAAGAGCAAGUUGUAAAUAAUACACGUUUAUUUGACCGUAGCGUAUUAGUCUUGCUUAAAAACAUUGUUUAUUCACUUCAUUCUUUUUGUUGUCAUAAUGAAAUAUGAUGUCUGUGAACUGGCACCAUUUUGUUCAGUUGUAAGUGCCUUCCUGUAACCAUUUUCUCUGUCAUAUAAAGUUGGUUAUUUAAUCCUGAAUGCUGUCCAUUGAGAUGAACUUUAUUGAGCUGUAUUACACCCACGAAAUUACUUAUAAGAACGCUGUGCAUAUACCAUUCCCGUUUUUUUUAACCAUGUCUUCACGUGCAUUAUCGAAGCAUGGCGUGUUUAUGAAUAUCAAGUUCAGACGUGUCUGUGGCCAAUCUUCAUAUCAGUACUGUACAUGUGUGUGUGUGUGUGAGUGCGUAUAUGUGAGCGUAGAGUUAAUAAAUAGUUAGUCUUAGUUGCUGAAAGUGAUGAGGUUGUUGACAUGGUGAAUCGGCUGGCAGCUCAGCAGAAACCUAUGGUUCAAACACGUGUUGUUUCCUUCCCUGAAGGAAUAUAGUGUAAUUUCGAUAUUACGUUACUUGAACGAGUGCGUGAAAAAUGUCCUCGUAAUAUUGUACAAAAUUUGCGUAAUAUCAGCGGCAACUGAGCUGCUAAUAAAUCAAACGUUCUGUAAUCAGGUAAAAAUAAAUCUUAUUUUAGAACGAAAGCACCGAUUUAUCCUCUGAAUCUGUACAUUUUAUUGAAAUGAGCUACGUUAAUUUGUUCUUGUUCGUUCUUGGAAUGAUACAUUGAAGUGAUUGCAGUAGGGGUUGAUAGUGUGAUCGUUGAGUAGAUUUUGUACUAUGACAACCGUUGAGUAUUUGAGCAAGACUGCUUUAUGCUAUAAUCGGUGAUUAUUAAAAAUACAGCACAGAUUAAUUUCGAAUGAUUCAUGAGAUGAGUUUAUUAUCAGUUAUAAGAAAAAAAUCUGACUUUUAUGUAAAUUUGGCUCGUCCAAUCAAAAUCAGACAUUUUUGUUUGUUAGUUUUAUGUUUUUUUUUAUGUUUUAUGUUUUUAACUCCUGCUGCACAAUGUAAAGCUGGUUUUGUUUCGUUCAUUUGCUAUAUCAUCAUAUUUAGUUACGAUGGCACAAAAUGAUACGUAUUGUGAUAAGACUGCUCACCCCUUAACCACAUUAACAAAAAGAAAAAAUAUGUAGCAAAUUCGCCAAUGAAAAGAUCAAAACUGAGAGCUCAUGUUGCAGUGAUGGCUUUUGUGGUUUUUACGAGGCAAAGAUGGGAAACCACAGAACAAAGGACAGAUCUGUCGUUGAUCCUUCUGUAUCCCGCCUCUCUUCUGUACAGCCGCCCGCAGAAUCUCAUGUUAACCUAUGCAAUCCUAACGCUUCAUCUUGUUGUUCUCAGCCGAGAUCUUUGCCCCGUGGGUAACGUUCGACUUGUGUUGUUGUGCAGAAUCAAAGAUUUUACGUGCUGUUUUUGUUCAGAGAAAAAAAUAUUUAUGAUCAUGUUUAUCCCCAGACUUCAUUGGUCUUUGUAGCAAACACCCUCAACCCAGUGUUAGAACAGUGAUGGGUUCAUGUGCACCUUCUAUUUUUGUGAAAACCAGUAAACAAAGAAAGGGGCGUUAAAUAAACAUGUAAAUGUGAAUGUAUAUUGGGCUUAUGUUUAUUAUUUGUCUGUGCAAACACACUCAACCCAUCUUAUAAUAACCCAAAUAAUAUCUUUUAAAUAUAAAACACGAUAUAUAUUAUUAUA